AAGGAAUUUCUUCCCCGUUAGUAUUUUUUGUUUAAGGUUGAUCUUAUCAUACAUUGAUGCGUUUACAUUUAGAGUAAGAGAAAAUGAACAAUGAAGACAUCUCUUCUAACUUAAGCAAGAAGCUAGUGCACUUUUUUUUUUAUUAGAGACUAACAAACACUGUUUGCGCGCUCUUAGACCUUGUAUAACCUUUAGUAGCCGAAAAGUUUGCGAGAUUGAACUUAAAGAAAAUUAUGGAACAUCAUAAAGUUAUCCUGGGAACAUUGGAUUACAUCAUUAUCGUAUUCAUGCUUCUCGUUUCAGUAGGCAUUGGUAUUUAUUUCCGCUUUGCAGGACAAAAGCAAAGAACAAUUGAUGAAUAUCUGUUGGCAGGGAAGAAUAUGACCAUCUUUCCUGUAGCAUUUUCUCUCAUGGCUUCUUAUAUAUCAGGUGUUGUAGUACUUGGUUUACCAGCUGAGAUUUACCGGUUUGGAACUGCUUUUAGUUUUAUUAUUAUCGGUGCUGUGGUUGGCACGUUUCUGGCAUCAGUUAUCUUCCUACCAGUAUUUUUUCAAAUUCAAGCACCAACAACAUAUGAAUACCUUGAAAGACGGUUUGGAAAAUUAGCCCGAAAAUUGUGCUCUUUUGCUUUUGUUGUACAAUCGGUACUUUUUAUGGCCGUAGUAAUUUAUGCUCCAGGUCUUGCUUUAAAUGCAGUAACGAAUCUGUCCAUGUGGGUGUCUGUUGUAUCCAUAACUGCUGUUUGCACCUUCUACUGCGCUUUAGGGGGAAUGAAAGCUGUGCUGUGGACAGAUGUUUUUCAAGUUUUUCUUAUGUUUUUGUGCGUUAUUGCAGUUGUAAUUAAAGGCUGCAUUGAAGUUGGAGGCCUCAAAUCCGUUUUUAAAAUCGCUGAUGAAGGAGAAAGACUUUCAGUGCCGGGAAUGAAAUUUGAUCCUGUUAUUCGCUAUACUAUGAUCAACUUGUUUCUAUACGGAAUGAUUAAUUCUUUAUCGAUUUAUGGAACAAGUCAAAUUCAAGUGCAAAGACUACUGACAAUUCAAAAUCUUUCAAGAUCUAGAAAAGCAAUUUAUUUGAACAUUCCGCUUAUGGCAGUCUUUGCAGUACUUAACUGCUUCAUAGGUGUUGUACUGUACGCCUAUUAUGCUAAAUGUAACCCCAUGACAUCUCCAGAAAAACCCAUAUCUUCUGCAGAUCAGUUUUUCGGAAUUGAAGAUAGCUGUUUUUGCCAAAGUUGUCAACUUAGGUACUAACCGAUAUGGAACAUUUUCAGCUGUUUUUUAUGGACUUCUAGGCCUUUCUCUUACUUUUGUGGUCGCAAAGUUUGGAAACUUAAUACAGAUUGCCUUAACUAUAGUUACUUUCAUCAAUGCACCUAUUUGUGGAGUAUUUUUCCUCGGAAUGAUGACACGACGAACAAAUGAAAAGGGUGCAGUUAUUGGCUUAAUUUGCUCCAUCGCUCUAGCAUUGUGGAUUAGUUUCAGGUCUGCAGCCAAUGGCCCACGUCCAAAAACUCUUCCAGUAUCCGUAGAAGGAUGUAGUUCAAAUGGAACUUUGAAUGCUAGUUUGUCCUUGUACGAUGCUUCUUCGAUUUUAGACGGGUAUACGACGGAAAGUUGGUCUUUUUCAGAUAAUACCACUGCUUCAUCAACAAAGACGAACGAUGACGUCUUUUACCUGUAUAGAAUUUCUUAUGUGUGGUUUGGAGCUCUUGGAUUCUUUUCAUGUAUAGUAAUAGGCUACUUAUCCAGCAUUUUUUUCAACUGCAUCUUUCCGACUAAUAAAAAAGUUAUAUCUGAAGAUUUAUUAAGCCCUGUCUUAAAGCUUCUCGAAAGAAAACGUUAUAGGAAAGAAAAAGAAAGUUUUGAAAUGUAAUUAACAACUGAAAUACGAAAAUAAAAUAAAUUUUUUGUACUCACUUACAACGUUCACGAAAAAUAGCGCAAUUUUUAGCCUGCUUUCCCAGUAAAAGUCAGAAAAAGGAGAAAAAAGCAUGAAAGAAGG